AUGUACUGUAACAUCUGCCAGUCUGCCAGUCACCCGAGUGGCUCGAGGUGGCGGAGCUGGAGCUCUGACCAAGUCCUUGCAGUGGGGGGACAGUCCAUAGUCGAGCAGUUUCUAAACAGCAAGCUAAAUUGCAUGCAAGGCAUUUUGGAAGAGCAACUACAGUCCAUCGCUCUGAAACUGAAGGGCUUUUGCCGAAAACUGCAAGCGAUGCUGUCUCCCAGUUCCUGCCACGCAGGUGCGUCCAUGUGCAAUAUUAUGAAUUCCCAAAAGUGGACUGCCUUGGCAUCAAAAGGAUCUAUUCACCAUUGCAAACCGCUGUGCGGGAGAUUUUAUUGGGUGCGAAGUGAACCUUAG